AAUGAAAUCAGUAUACCUGGGGGGCCUUAGCCUUACCGACACAUUCGUAACUAACAGUACAUUGGCUUGGAGUAUAUAUUUUUCUUUAUAUUUUGCAAAAUUACUUUCAAUUCGCGCAAAUAUGUGGAAGCUGCAAGCCCUUGUGGUGCAGCUCCUGCUGCUGGGCUCCCUGCUUAGCACUUAUUUCCAGCCGACCCAGUUGCCGGGCCUGGUGCCGCAGAAGACGAUGAGCGAGUUGGGUUUCAAGGCGCCGGCAGACCGCCUGGUUGUCUUCCUGAUAGACGGACUGAGUGGCAUAACCUUUCUGGCGGAUAAUGGUAGCAACGUGCCCGACUUACGGGAUUUAUAUCGGCAGCAUGGCCGAAUGGCCAUCUCUCAUAGUACUGCUCCAACAAUGACGCGAACUGGACACAUUGCCAUUUUCGGAGGGCUGCAUGAGGAUCCUUCCGCUGCGCUGGUUUAUUACAACUACAAUCCCUUGCACUUCGACACCGUCUUUAAUCGCAGUCGCACUACCAUUGGCUGGGUCCACAGGUACGUCAACAGUUUUUUCAAGAACCUUCCCCACGGAGGCGCCCCGCUUCGGUUCACCCUUUUCUCAGAAGGUAGCACAGGGCGCCUCAAAUGCGAUACUUUUGUAUACCGAAAGGUGGCAGAAUAUUUAAGCAACACCGAAAAUGUCCAAGAAUUGCGAAACACCAAGCCGGUUGUACUUUUCCUCUACCUGCCCGACAUGGACAUAGUCGGUCACCGAUAUACGAUGCAAAAACCACAGUACUACCAGAAGCUAAUGCACACCCAGAGAGGUGUUCGGCACACCUACGAGCUAAUAGAACGGGUCUUCAACGAUGGCAGGACAUCCUAUCUGAUGACCGCCGAUCAUGGUCAAACUAUAUAUGGAUACCACGGCCAGGGAUCCGCAUUGGAGACAGAAACGCCUCUUCUUCUCUGGGGAGCUGGGGUGAAGCGGUCUGCAGACAACUCUAGUGGCAUCUUUCCGACCCGGCAAAACAUCGCCCAGAUGGAUCAGAUCCAGCUGGCGUCGCUCAUGUCCGCCCUGAUAGGCCUGCCGCCCCCGAUGAACAACCUUGGAGUUAUUCCAGAGGGCUACCUUGAUGUGAGUGCUCCGUACGAGGCCAUGGCCCUCCACUUGAAUGCCCUGCAAAUUUUGGAACAGGCCAAAAUUCUGAUACGGCGUCAUGAAAGCGCCGUCUUCUACGAAUGGCUGCCUUUCUUCUGGGAACUGGAUUUGGAAAAGAUCGCAAAUUACUCGGCGAAAGUAAAAGCUCUUAUGGAGGAAGGGAAGCCGGAGUUGGCUAUUAAAGCCAGCCGGAAUAUGGCCAAACUGGCCCAAGAGUGCAUAGGAUAUUAUACGGACUACUACAAAUUUCCAUUGCUAGUGGCCACUACUGCAUCCUUUUUCAUUUGGAGCGUCUGCAUGUUACUGCAGCUGACUCGGUUGUCUAUGGAGGAGAAGGAGCAUCGUGAAGGAUACCUAAAGUGGCCUACCCUGAUCGCAAUCCUACUAGGAAUCAUGGCGCUAACUGUGGUGGUGCUGCAGAAUGUGCCACUCAUCACGGGGUUCUAUUUGCUGCUGCCAGUUGGCCUUUUUAUUAUGGCUCUGGCCGAACGCGGUGAUCAAGGAAACUUGAUAAACGUUCCGAUUGCGCACUUGGCCUUCAUCAUGAUUCCUGCUGGUUUGUUGGUAUUGAUGGUAUUUACCUACCAACACUUGGCCGUGCUGUACACUGCCCUGGUGUGUCUGCACAAUAGGCGGGCCUUCCGAAAGCCCUCGAUUAAGUUUUUUGUCUGGCUAUCCAUGGUUGUGUUGAUGGGCGGCGGCCUGUACCUGCAGCAGAACCCGAAGAAAAAGUUUGACGUUCUUUCGAUUCAAAACAAUUACCUAUUGCACAUGGGCAUGCUGUUAGCGUUGGUGCGUCCAGUGUUUCUGGGACACCAUCACGAGCCCCCUGUCUGGAUAUUUAAUACUAUUACUCUGAUGUUGGGAGCCUAUGGAGCCUACCAGUUCGAGGCCAACACGCCUGUCUGGAAUUACGUAAAGGCUACGUGCUGGUCCUUUCUGGUCUAUGCCUUCCUGUCGAUCCGGUACUUUAGCGACAAGCUGCCGACCGCCAAGGGCCGGUUGCAGCUUAUCACCCUCAACAUGAUAACCCUCAUUUGUUUGCUCUCCACUAGCUGGGGAGCGUUGCUCAUUCAGAUAUUGGUUACGGAAUUUGUUUUCGGCUUGGAGCUUUAUGAGGAGAGUAAGCAAGUGAAGGACGACGGCAAGGUAGUUGCUGAUAAGGAGGAGGAGGAAGAGGAGCAGGAGGAGAUUGCAGUUGAAGAGGAAUUGAGCUACAAUCCUGAGGGAUACUUAAAGCAAUCAUACCGCUAUGCAUUCGCUAUUCUUAUGUACUUCUACGUAGCCUUCGUUGCGGCGGGCCAUUGGGUGUACGGCUUUCAGUUCGUACCCACCACGGCACGCCUUUUUUAUAGCCACAUCUCGAUGGCUUUGUCUGGCAGCUUCAUUAUUUUGAAGAUUGGCUUGCCAGCCGUGAUCGUCAUCGCGACCCUGUAUGCUCUAGUUCCUUUUGCUCGCCAUAACUCAAGAUCGAUCAUCACGUGCAUGCUGCUAAUCAGCAAUGUGAUGAGCAUGUACUUCUGUUACUUCGUGGGAAACGAAGGCAGCUGGUGGAGUUUGCGCCGCUCCUUGGACAAGCUUAUGGUAUGCAAUGUUGUGACUGUGAUUCUCCUGGCCUGCUCCUGCCUCGCCAAGUUUUUCCUCCGCAAUACCACCAUGGGAAAAGAUAACACUUGUCUUACUGAAAAGGAAGAUAAGUCUGUACGUCUCACUUCUUCCGAUGAAAAUUGUUCCGCAUAAUGAUUUCCCACAGGGUGUAUCUAAAUUAUUUGUUUUUAGUGCAGAAGAAAAAUUUUAGAAAUUGGUGUUGAUAAUUUUCAUUGAAGAGAAUGUUCUGUUCAAUAAAGGAUAAAUUUCUA